GAGUCUUCAGUGUUUUAAUGUUUGAUGUUGAGUUUUUCAUUUUGGUUUUAUUGUCUUCAGAAGAUAGUCAGAUAUUUAGGUGUUCAAUAGGUAAAGAGUUCUAUGGUGGAAAUCUGUCUAAUUGUGGAACCUGAGACCUGCAGGAUUAUCAACAAUAGUUGGAGAAAAUCAAAUGAGCAGAAUAUGAGAUUCUAUAGAAAAUAUGAGACAUGCAUUUUUUUAGAGAAGUUUACUAAAAGAGGAAUGGGAAUGGCGUGGAACAGAAAUUUAACGGAAAAAACCAUGAAGAUGAUAGAUCUGUGUUCUAAUUUAUUCUUCUCAAAGUGAAACUCUUCGGAUUCCUCCACGACCAUCAUCAUCAUCAGUCCCGCAUGGGACUUUUUCCAUCUGCACUCCGCGUGCUGUAAUGAAGCGAUUAUCUAAUCCUAAUGCAGGAAUCGAUCAGAGCCCAUAUGAACUCGGCUUCUGCGUGUCGAUCAAUCAGACGAGUUUUUCCACCUCUUUCUCUCUUGCGGUUGCGCAGUCGCGUCGCAACACACACACACACACACACGCGGACAGAGAGAGACGCACUCACUGCUACGGGCUGCUCAAGAAUUAAUCCUUCAGCACACCACACCUCCUUCUUGUCCAGUUCUCCAGGUUCUCCUUAUUUUACCACAUUUUAUUUCGCACUGGUGAAACCGGUGCGCGCCCCCGCGUAUCCGUGCUCUCCAAACCCCGACACCGGAGCGCGUCCCCGUGAAGUUCACUUUUUUAUUCACAUUUAUAUUAUUUGGCAGUGUUUUUGGUGUUAGAUAUGGUUUCCUCUCAGAACGCCUCCAACGCGACCGGGAACUGGACCAAUCAGUUCGCGCAGCCGCCGUGGCGCGUGGCCCUGUGGUCGGUGGCGUACAGCACCAUCCUGGCGGUGGCCGUGUUCGGGAACCUGGUGGUGAUGUGGAUCAUCGUGGCUCACCGCCGGAUGCGCACCGUCACCAACUACUUCCUGCUGAACCUCGCCUUCUCCGACGCCUCCAUGGCCGCAUUCAACACGCUCGUCAACUUCAUUUACGCCGCGCACGGGGACUGGUACUUCGGCGAGGAGUACUGCAAGUUCCACAACUUCUUCCCGGUCACCUCAGUGUUCGCCAGCAUCUACUCCAUGACCGCCAUCUCCGUGGACAGGUACAUGGCUAUAAUUCACCCUCUGAAGCCACACCUCUCAGCCACAGCCACUAAAGUGGUGAUAGUGUGUAUCUGGGUGCUGGCCGUGGUGCUGGCGUUCCCGCUCUGCUUCUUCUCUACGGUGAGGAAGUUACCCAGAAGGACUGUGUGCUACGUUGCGUGGCCUCAACCCGGAGACGACGCUUUCAUGUACCAUAUCAUCGUGAUGUUGCUGGUCUACAUGCUGCCUCUGGUGGUGAUGGGAAUCACCUACACCAUCAUCGGCAUGACGCUGUGGGGAGGAGCGAUCCCCGGAGACUCGUCCGAUAAUUAUCACGGCCAGCUACGCGCCAAGAGGAAGGUGGUGAAGAUGAUGAUCAUCGUAGUCGUGACCUUUGCCAUCUGCUGGCUGCCGUAUCACGUCUACUUCCUGAUCACGGGCCUGAACAAGGCGCUGGCCAAGAAGAAGUCCAUCCAGCAGGUCUACCUGUCAGUCAUGUGGCUGGCCAUGAGCUCCACCAUGUACAACCCCAUCAUCUACUGCUGCCUCAACAGCAGGUUCCGAGCCGGUUUCAAGCAAGCGCUGCGCUGUUGUCCGUUUGUCCGCCUGUCCAGUUACGACGAUCUGGACCUGAGGGCUACACGCUUGCAGGCCACACGCCAGAGCAGCAUGUGCAUGCUGUCACGUGUGGAAACCACCAUGAUGGUCAUGAACGACACCACGGAGAGCUCCACCAAAUGCAGGAGCCUCAUCAGCCAACACAUUCAACACAAACACAAUCACAACGGCUGCUCGCAAUCCUGCAAGAAAAGCACCACAUACACGCCCGGCAACCCUCAGGACGACUUCUGCUGAUCGCGGCCUCCCCGCCACAGGAGAUACUCAUGAUCGAUCCAAUUCAUCAAAUUCUGUUUGUCAUAUUGUCAUUCAGCUUCAAGACUGUGAUCUCGGGAAGGUAUGAAUGAUUUAUAUUAGCAUUAGCAUGAACUUAGCCAGCAGCAAAACUGACUGUGCUAGAUUUUAUAGACUUGUUGGUCCACGAGAUCCAGCAAUUAUCUGUUCAUUCUCAUCAAUGGAGGGUGAAACAACACCCACAUUUUAUCAGCAGUAAAACCCCACAGCAGUGAGGAGGCACGCAGGAGAAAUCUGAUGUAAUUGUUAAAAGAAGGAAAUAAGAAAGUCUUGAAACUUGAAGCUUGUUACCUCGGGCCAGUUUAGUUCCGGAAUCUUCCAGCUCUAAUACCCACUCACUCCAAGAAUUCGCUACAGGAACUCGCUCCGGGAAUUCGCUCCGAGAACUCGCUCCGGGAAGUCGCUCCGAGAACUCGCUCCAAAAACUCACUCCAAAAACUCGCUCCAGGAACUCGCUCUGAGAACUCGCUCCGAAAACUCGUUUAAAGAACUCGCUCAGAGAACUCGCUCAGAGAACUCGCUCAGAGAACUCGCUCAAAGAACUCGCUCAAAGAACUCACUCAGAGAACUUGCUCAAAGAAUUCACUCAGAGAACUCACUUAGAACUCGCAUUAUUCUCGCUCCGAGAAAUCUCUCCGUGAACUCACUCAUAGAACUCGCUCUGAGAACUCGCUCUAAAAACUUGUUCAGUGAAACUAGCGCUGAGAACUUUUUUAAAGAACUAGCAAUGAGACCUCUCUCAAAGAACCCACUCCAAGAACUCACUUAGAACUCUCUCCUGCUCGUUUAUAGCUCAGGAGGAAGAGUUAUCUAUCUAUCUAUCUAUCUAUCUAUCUAUCUAUCUAUCUAUCUAUCUAU